UCCGUGGUCUCCCUGCCAAUGUUUACAGUGGAAUAUACUACUAAGACAUUUGAGAUCGUACAUCCUUACUUUUAAAGCUUUAUAUGAGUGUAUUUAAUCAAUUUACAAAUGCACGGUUGCAUGUCAGGGUAGUCUUGUGAUCUUUAAAACGGAAGUAUGUAAAGUGAGUCAAUAAUUAAGAGGUAUUCACAUGCUUUUCAAUCUGACCCCUGGAAAUACGACCAUCGGGUGGUAGUUCCCGUACCCUGUUUCCACGAGUAAAGAUGGCGCAGGCACUGUCUGAAGAGGAGUUCCAUCGAAUGCAGGCUCAGCUGCUGGAGCUGAGAACGCAGAACUACCAGCUCUCUGACGACCUGCGCAAGAACACAGCCGAGCUAAAUGCUAUCCGCCAGAAGACCUCGACCCUGGAGAAGGAUUACGUCAAAGCCCAGAAGGCUCUUAGCAAGAGUAAGAAGGCUCAGGAAGUGGACGCUCUGCUCAGUGAGAAUGAGAUGCUCCAGGGCAAGCUGCACAGCCAGGAGGACGACUUCAGACUCCAGAACAGCACGCUGAUGCAGGAGCUGUCCAAGCUGUGCUCUCAGAUAGAACAGCUGGAGCAGGAGAACGCGGGACUGAAAGAGGGGCGGGGCCUGCAGCCCCCUCCCCCAAGCCCCGCCUCCAGCCCUGUAGAUGGCGAGCUGCUCCGCCUCCAGGCAGAGAACUCCGCCCUACAGAAGAAGAUGUCAGCCCUGCAGGAACGCUACGAGAAAGACACACAGACCCACAGGGGGGCGGAGCCCAACGACCUACAGGCCUCGGAGACGGACGGACAGACGGACUCCAACGGCGUCCAGGCGCACCCUGAGGCUGGCCCGGAGGGGGAGGAGUCGGCAGAGGGUGGCGCCUCUGAUAGGCUGGAACAGAUGGAGACGAAAUGCGCCAAGCUGGAGCAGCGGGUGAAGAAGCUGAGCGAAGUGGAGCUGCAGUUGCACACGGAGGUGGAGGAAAAGCGAUUACUGAAGGAGCAGCUCCAGACACUGGAGUCAUCCAAGCAGACAGACAUGACAAAGCUUCAGGAGGAGCUAGCCAAGCUCUCCGACAAGUUGAAGAAGAAGCAGGAGAGUUUCCUGCGGUUGCAGGGGGAGAAGGAGGCCCUCUACAAUGACAGCCGGACCAAGAUUGAUGAGAUUCAGCAGAGGAAAGAGGAGGAGCUCAAGUCCAUGAAUAUUCGCAUCCAGAAACUGCAGGCGGAUCUGAUGACAGCCAAUCAGGCCUCUGCUGAGCUGAAGGAGCAGAUUCUGAGCAGAGAGAAGGAGCACGAGCUGUCUCUCCACGCCCUCCGAGACCAGGUAGCGUGUCAGAGUGCAGUGAGUCAGGAGCAGGUGGAGAACAUCCUGAGCGAGAACGAUGCUCUCAGGACUAACCUAGCGGCGCUAGAACAGAUCCAGACAGUGAAGACCCAGGAGAUGAACCUGCUGCGGGACCAGAACAUGGCUCUCAACGUGGAGCUGCAGCAGAGACAGGCCGAGCAGGAGAAGCUCCUGGCGCACAGAGACGACCUCAGCUCCCAGCUACAGGAGCUGAACCGAGCCAACAGCCGGCUGCUGGAGCAGCUGGGGGAGCUGGGCCAGGAGAAGGACAAGCUCCAGCAGGGCCUGGAGGAGAGCAGGAAGACCGCGGACAAGCGGAAAGCCAUGCUGGACGAGCUGGCCAUCGAGCUGGCGCAGGAGAAGUCGCGGCACAAGGAGGAGCUGAGCGACGCGCGCCUCCAGCACGAGAAGGAGGUGCUGGGCGUGCGGGCGCGCUACGAGAAGGAGCUGCGCGGCCUCCACGAGGACAAGAACCGCACCGAGGAGGAGAUCCGCUCCCAGCUGCGCGACGAGAAGGCGCGGUCGCGGGAGCUGGAGAGCCUGCAGCAGACGGUGGAGGACCUGCAGGCUCAAAUCCAGUCCAUGGAGGGCGCCAAGGGGUGGUUCGAGCGCAGGCUUAAAGAAGCGGAGGAGACGGUGGAGAGGAACACUCUGGAACACACUGAACAGCUCCACAAGCUGCAGCUGGAGCAGGCUGCGCAGCUGCAGGGAAAAAUGGAAGAGAUAGAAGCGGUGAAGCAGCAACUAGCCGAGAUGGAGAAAGAGAAGGAUGAACAGAGCUCUGCCAUUGUAAAACUCAAGCAGGAGAUUAAGGACACGGUGGACGGGCAGAGGAUACUGGAGAAGAAGGGGAGUUCGGCGCUGAAGGAUUUGAAGAGACAGCUGCACCUGGAGAGGAAGAGGGCCGACAAGCUGCAGGAGAGGCUGCAGGAGAUCCUGACCAACACUAAGACCAGGACAGGUCUGGAGGACCUGGUCCUGUCGGAGAUCAGCUCCCCGAGCCGCACGCAGCAGACGGGGGACAGCAGCAGCGUCUCGUCCUACAGCUACCGCGAGAUCAUGAAGGAAGGCGCCUCCGCGCAGAGCGCCAACAAGUCCAACACUGGCAGCCCCCAGUCCCAGAGACCUGCCGACCUGUCGGAUGAUGAAGUCGGAGAGCUGUUCCAGCGCUUGGCCGAGGUUCAGCAGGAGAAGUGGAUGCUGGAGGAGAAGGUGAAGCACUUGGAGGUGAGCUGCUCCUCCAUGGCCGACGACAUCUGCAAGAAGAGCGCCAUCAUCGAGACCUACGUCAUGGACAGCCGGAGAGACGUGUCCGGCGCCGCGGCGGUGUCCCACGGUUCCCAGGCGGAGCGCGGGAGCCUGGGCUCGGUGCUCCGGGACCUGGUGAAGCCCGGCGACGAGAACCUGCGCGAGAUGAACAAGAAGCUCCAGAACAUGCUGGAGGAGCAGCUCACCAAGAACAUGCACUUACAGAAGGACCUUGAAGUUCUGUCUCAGGAGAUCGUUCGCCUAAGCAAAGACGCAUGCACAAGUCCGGGAGGAGACCCUCCCGCUACGGGCUAGGCCUGGAAAAAGCCCCUCCUCCCGCCCGCCCUCCAUCUCAUUCUGUUUCCGCAGCAACCAAGAGGCAGACACCACUCGAGCUCGCUAAGGGACUGAACCUCUGGCAGACAAACGCGGUGUGAACGAGCGGGGGGGGGGGGAAUCUUUUUGGCGGUACCGGAAACGCAUUUAACUACUGAAUGUAUUCGAUGCAACACGUUAUUCUUUUGAAAAGCGGAAAACGGAAAGGGGGGGGGGGGGGUGGGUGGGAGAGAAAGAACUGGGCCUGCCUUUGGUCAGAAGACUUUGGUUUUGCUCCCCUCCAGGCGGGGGCCUGAGCCCAAAUUCCAGGACAGUGAGCAUGUGCGCCCCCCCUCCUGCGCCCCCCCCCCUCCAGAAAGGUCCUUCAGUCAUUGAGUGGAAGGGCGUUGGCUUCUUGCGCUCGUAGUUUGAAACGGAGGCUGAAGUUUGCAUGCUCCGCCCACUCUCCCAUCGACUGUACAUUUGCACCACUCAGCUCCCGUCGUCAGCUGCUUUGACUCGUUAAAAAAUCCGUACCACGCAACGGAGGUACGAACGGUUUAUCAUUUCAGAGAAAAUUAAUUCUCGGGUUGAGCAAAAACUUUCGAAACCCCAGUCAGGGUUUUCGCGUUAAGUUACACCGCACUGGUGCCCAAUCACGUGCCGGGGCCGUUUCAUUCCACCCAAUCGCCUCACCUGCUGAUUUCGCUAAUUAAGACACCGUCAGCCAGAGAACUAAUGAGCGAAAUCAGCAGGUGACGUGAUUGGCUGGAAUGAAAUCCACAACGGCGCACGAUUGGACACCACUGCUGUACAGGAAGCCCAAGAAUUGAUUCAACUUCAUUCACAAUGUGACCAGUGACACGUUUUGGGAUGAAUGCAGGCCUUCCCUCGUUGUACGCUAAUUGUUAAUUGUUGAAGAUCAUUCCUUUCGACGGCGUGCUGGCUUGUGAUAUCAGGAUAUUGAUGCGAUUUGUUCUUCCCUCGUCACAUUUAUGGAUUCUUUUGUCGUCAAAUUCAAGUCCUUUUAUCCGCACAGUUAAGUUUUUUUUUUUGUUUUGUUUUUUAAAUGGCUGCUCUACUGACAGAACUGCAGAGACGCAGAGGACCACAGUGUCAGUGCUUUGUAUCAGCUUGAGUGUACUAAUGUAUAACUGAGCCUGGCUGUUUUAUUUUUUUUACUAUUUUGAUUCCUGGAAGCCUUACCACUCCUGAACAUCUCCCACAUGUUUAGAUGCCCCCCCCCCCACCCCCCCACCCCUCCAUUUACAGCCACACUUAAACAACCGGGUCACACGUUGUAUGACACCUCCAAAUUCAUCUUUGGAGUUCUGGUCUUUGUAGUUUUGACGGCCCCCUGAACACAUUUCAUUGCUUGUGAAAGGCACGGAGUAAGACCCUUGCUUUAGGCCCUUCCUGGUCCCGUACAGGAAGGGGAGGGGUUUGUAUGAAGGUCCUGCCCGGGCAUUGAACAGAUAACGGGAUCUUUUAGUGAGGUCGCCUCGGUCAGUCUUACACACGCGCAAGAGCUUUUCCACAUUACCACCAACUGCCUUCCUGUGUGUAAUAGUUGAGUGAACCUUGAUUAUGAAGCUGAAGUUUUUCCCCAUCCUUGGCUUUUUGUAGAUAAGCUGUAUAUAUGAAUGUUACGAAACGAAACUGUUUUUUUUUGUUUGUUUGUUUGUUUGUUUUUGAAAAUUGAGUGAAAUGAGAUGAAACCAGGGAGAGAGGACACGUGCCCAUGUCGAUCUUUGCCUUCAUCCCCUUAACUGUAACCAAAACAUUUAAACGUCUAUUUAAUCUUUUAGAUGGAAAUAAAUUUCAAAUUUUAAUUAUUCUCAGUUUUUAUUUAUUAGAUGUAAAACUACAUCAAAAUUAUUGUUAUGUAUCAUUAAAAUGACAAAGCUGAUCAGCGUAAGUUUUGGCGAUCCUGGAUUGGUCAUGUAUGACCACCUGAGCCUCUUGUAUUUUAAUUGGUUGGGGUCUAAAUCCCAGAUGAAUAUAAAUAGUCAAAAUUGAGUGGCAUUAGCAGUUGAUCUCAUGUUAGAACCCCCCCCCCCAAACACAACAAGGAUCCCAUUGCUAAACUUAAUAUGGAGGGUAAUGCAUGCAUUACUCAUAACCCCCCCACCCCCACAUCCUGCAGACAUGCUAAUUUAUAUUUUCCCAGGAAUGUUGAUUCAUUUCAAAAGAACAUAUGAAGAUGGUGUAAUUAAUGCGCACCAGGGGUGGAACAGGACCUCUCUCAUGUGCGCAUUAGUUACCACGCGGUUAUCGUUAUCGUUUGCGAUUACACACUUUUGCA